AUGAAUUUGAAUGCCGAGGCCAGCAAUACGCAUCUUGAUGCGUUUCUCGCUGCGGCCCACCGCCGUAAAUAUCCCGCUAAAAGUACUCUGAUUUACGCAGGGGACAAAAGCGACUCGAUCUAUUUCAUCCUUAAGGGUUCCGUUACCGUUCUUGUAGAGGACGAGUCUGGUAGAGAGAUUAUUGUCGCCUACCUGAACAAAGGCGAUUUUUUCGGUGAGAUGCCACUUUUUGUAGACGACACACCACGAUCAGCCUGGGUUAAAGCCAAAAGCGAAUGUGAAGUGGCUGAGCUGUCAUACAACAAGUUUAAAGAGUUGGCGGAACGCCACACAGAUCUGCUUUAUGCGGUUGGCAAGCAGAUGGCGGAACGGCUGAACAAAACCACCCAGAAAGUCAGUGACCUUGCGUUUCUGGAUGUCACCGGUCGCGUUGCACGGACUUUGUUAGAGCUGACCAAACAGCCUGAUGCCAUGACGCACCCGGAUGGUAUGCAAAUCAAAAUUACCCGUCAGGAGAUCGGCCGCAUUGUCGGGUGUUCUCGUGAAAUGGUGGGCAGAGUGUUGAAGACACUGGUGGAUCAAGGAUUGGUCUCUGUGAAAGGUAAGACCAUGGUGGUGUACGGUACUCGUUGA